AUGUUCGCCGUUGUUCUAACAUUUUUCCUUCUGCCUCUGGCAUUUGCAGCCAAUGCGGAUAUCGAAGAAUGUGUUAAACUUGUUGGAAAUGCUCAAAAUAUUCUUAGGAGACGACCAACUGUGGAUUGUGGUUCAGAGGAUCCAGUUUGUCCAUCAAUAUUUGUUUACGACAAUAAUGAUGAAGAUCUAGCAAACAAUGUUAAUGUUGAUCAUGAUUAUAAGAUUCCCGAAUUGUGCAAUAAGAUUAAGGAUUUCGCAGCAAAAAUAUGCCCAAAAACCUCUGCGAUGUGUUGUAAAUCGAAGGAAUUUAACUUUCACGAUGAUCAGCAGUUUUCUCUUAUUUUUAACUUCAAGGAGAGCGAAUCAUGGAAGUUGGAAUUGUUUCCCCGGAACCAGAACCCCCGUACUCGCGCGUCAAACAAAAGCGACAGCCCACUGCGCAAUCAGCCCCGAUAUAUGCCAAAAAAUGGGUCGAAUAUUUGUACAACUUCACCUAGUAUCGCUUUAUUGAUAUGCCCAAUUACAUGUGGUCUUUGUAAUAGACCAGGUGUUAGCGGAAUAUGUCCCGAUGAGAGCGAUAAUUGUGCAGCUAUUUUCCGUUUGGAUCCUAUACGGAUCUACGGAUUUCAUGAACAGAUCUUGCAAAAAGACGUGUGGACUUAG